AUUCAGCCCAACCAACCUGUGUUGGCGUUUACCCUGCACACAAGCAACUAGUUCGAAUCAGAUUGCAGCUGUGUUUCUCGGUUUGUUUAUUCGAACUGUGACAGGCAGUGAUACAAAUGAAACUGCAAGUGCAACAAGGCAGUCCCAAAUAAGUCAAGAUAGUAUUUAACUAUAUCAGAGCUUCAUAAGCUGUUGCUCUAAGUAUCAGUUUUGAUGUUACCACAAUAUUUGAGUUAAUUGUAUCAAGAGGAUAUCAGGAAAUACCAGAGGUUAAACUGAUCCUUUUGGAGCAUUACAACGAUAAGCACAGUCGGAGUUUUUCAAUCUUGUGACUGGGCCUUGGCUACUUUCAGAUUGAAGAUGAGCCUACUGUUUUUUACCCUGUUAUUCCUAAUGCAAGAUGGAAGCAUGUGCAAAAAGGUUCUGGUCAGCCAUCGUCUGUUAAAUGUGGAUCCUGAAGCUUUUAUGAACAUUACUCAGCUUAUCUCCUACCGUGGCUACCCGAGUGAAGAGUAUGAGGUGGUGACUGACGAUGGAUAUAUCCUCAGCAUUAACAGAAUUCCUCAUGGGUUGACAGACACUAAUACAAAUGAAGGAAUCCGACCUGUUGUAUUUCUGCAGCAUGGUUUACUAGCCGCUGGCAGCAAUUGGGUUACAAACCUGGCAAACAACAGCUUGGGCUUUAUACUAGCAGAUGCUGGUUUUGAUGUAUGGAUUGGAAACAGCCGAGGAAAUACGUGGUCCAGAAAGCACAAAACCAUUCCAGAUUAUAAGGAGGCAUUCUGGACUUUUAGCUUUGAUGAAAUGGCCACCAAGGAUUUACCAGCGGUAAUAGACUUCAUCCUCCAAAAAACAUCCCAACGACAGCUAUUUUAUGUUGGUCAUUCUCAGGGAACAACAAUUGGUUUCAUAGCCUUUUCCAAAUUUCCUGAGUUAGCAAAGAAGAUUAAAGUCUUUUUUGGCUUGGCUCCUGUUGCAACAGUUAAAUAUUCUGAGAGUCCACUAGCAAAGCUUGGGGAACUUCCGGAGUUUUUGAUCAGAGGUUUGUUCGGAAAUAUGGAGUUCCUUCCACAAGAUAGGGAAAUAACAUGGCUUGCUACACACAUAUGCAAUCGCUUUUUGCUUGAAGAGCUCUGUGGCAAUAUAUUCUUCGUAAUAAGUGGAUUCAACGAGAAGAACCUCAACAUGAGCAGAGUACCAGUCUACUCAGCACACUGUCCUGCUGGGACUUCUGUACAAAACGUUCUUCAUUGGAGUCAGGCUGUGAAAGGAGGACAUUUUCAGGCUUUUGACUGGGGUUCAUAUAUAAAAAACAUGGUUCAUUAUAAUCAGACUAAACCACCACUAUACUACGCAAAAUCAAUGCCUGUCCCCACAGCUCUCUGGUCAGGCGGAAAUGAUUGGCUAGCUGAUCCCCAGGAUGUGGAUAUGUUGUUGAAACAAAUGCCCAAUCUUAUUUACUACAAGGUGAUCCCUGAUUGGGAACAUCUGGAUUUCAUCUGGGGUCUGGAUGCUCCAGAGCGCAUGUACUACGACAUCAUUAGUCUCAUGAGAAAGUAUCAGUGAGUUGGGGACAGUCUGUGAUAAACCAUUUUAAAACUGGAGUUAAUGGAUACUCCUUUCAAGAGUUGCUUUUCUUAUCUUUUCCCUUUUACAAUUGCGUUAUAUGGAUCUUAGAUGGUCUUAAUUGAUUCCUAAAAAGAGAUAAUAUACCAGAUUUAAUUGAUUAAAGCAUAGCAUUUUGUUGCCCAGAUUGUGCCUGAGCCCUGUCUUUAAGUAAGUGAGUGAUAGACUGUCCACCAAUAUCCAUUACAAGCCUACUGACUCCCACAGCUACCUCGACUACAGCUCCUCACACCCCACUUCCUAUAAGGGCUUCAUCCCAAUCUCUCAGUUCCUUUGCCUCCGAC